AUGCCGUCGCGCUAAAUUUUGAUUGCUUUGCUGACUGCUGAAUCUGUUGUGGUGUAGUCUGCAGCAUUGCUGUUUCAGCAAAACACAAAACAAUGGAUCGUGACAUUUUACGAUUAGUGAAAGGUGGAAAGAGGGAAGAGAUCAAGACCUUCCUGGACUCCAAAACAACACAAGAUGUCACAGAAUGUAUCACUUCUUUCAUCCUGAAAGGAGCUUCUGACCCAGUGCCUCUUGUGCAAUGUAUUGUCACAGCUUCCCAGUCUGAGGAAGAACAAAGUAUUGAGCGCUGCUCCGAGGUUUACUCAAGUGUCAUCAAGCUUUUGCAGAAAAAUGAAAUCAACUCUAAAACUGCUUUCAGUAUUGUCAGCACUCUUCUUACCAAUUUGGAGUAUCUGCAACCCAAGUGCCUCAGUGACCUUGCCAACUCAUUUGUUGCUUCAGUCAAGAAUGGAUCAUACAAUGGAGGGAAAGUUGCAGAACUGCUUCCAAGCAUUCUGUCUCUUAUCAAUGACUGUGAGAAACUACCUCAUGGAGAGGGUGACAUAAAGGGAACAGAACUUAAAGGUCACAUUAUCAACAGCCUUUGUUCAAGCAGGUGGGCUCCCUCUGUGACUUUGCACAUGGCUGCCCUGUUUCAUGAUGUUCCCCUUACCUUGGAAGAACUUAAGUUUGUCCUGGAGAAAAUCCUUCGACUUUUCGGAGAACUGGAUUUGGCAGACCAGCCUGCUGUCACUUUUCAGUUGCUUUUGUUGUCUGCAAAGGGACACAAGAGACUUGUCUUGGAAGGGAUCAUGAAGCAUUUUACAGCUGAAGAUGAAAAAAACAGAGGACGCAGCAUCACUAUUGACAGUGAAGAUCUGAUGUCUGAAACCACAUGCCUGACCACACUAAGACAAAUUGAAGGCACAGUUAUCCUGCACAUCAUGCAAGCUGUGAAGCAGAACCAGGAACUCGGAUCAGAGCUGAUCAAAUACGUCAAGAUUCUCCAGCAGUCAGACCCGGCCAAAGUUAUUUCAGCCUUCAAUCUCUCCCUGCUGCUGUCAAUUUCACAACUACAUCAGUUUGAAGAGCAGAUUUUUGAGUUUGUGAAGAGCAGCAUCAUGAGGUGUUUACGAGAUGAAGAUCGGCAGCAUCAGUCGUUGUGGAUCAGAGAGUGUUUUACUGUGGGGCCUAAGGCAGAUGAUCUCGUACUGGAGGCUGUUGAACACAGCACUUUCGACUGGGACCAUGUGGUUCAAGGAUUAGUCAAGCUAGGGUUCAGCCUCAUGGACAGUUUUGGGCCUAAGUUAGUAUUUGGAGCAAUGCCUGAGUCAGUGACCACCUGUAACCUCACGCCAACACAACGGGCAUGCCAGCUGGGACAGAGGAUACUGCUCAAGACUUUCAAGGCUCAUGAAGUAGUGAGGUCGGAAAUUUUAGAUCAAGUUUUCACCCACAUUGUGAUGAAGCCAACCGCCCCUGUCAGCCAUUAUUUAGACUUGCUGUCGGACACAGUUUUCUCAGCCCCACAGCUGCUCCUGGAGUCCAGCAACAAGAUCCAGGAAGUGUUUGUCAAGCUGGUGCACCUGUCCCUACAGUCAGCCCAGGGCCUGAUCCAGGCUAUACAGCCUCUGCUGAAGCUCAGGCCUCUGCUCAAAGACACGCUCAUUUUGGUGUUAAGAAAGGCCAUGUUCUCCAGACAACUCACCGCACGCAAGAUUGGAGCAGUUGGUUUUUUAAUGAUCCUGAAGAACUUUCGGGUGCUUGGAGGCCUUCCCUCCAGUCAAGUCAGUCAGCCCAUUGCUCUGAGCCAGGUGGUUGAUGUGCACUCACAGUACAAUGCCUCCAGCAAUGAAGCUCUAUGUCUUGAGAUCUUGGGAAACUUGCGGCGGUGUUUCACCCAGCAAGCUGAUGUUCGACUGGGGAUUUACCAGGGUUUGUAUGAUGUCCUGCACAAGAACUCCCAGCUACAGGCCCCAGUUUUGGAUAUGCUUCUCGCUCAGUUGAAAAAGUAUUACGAACCAAAUGAAAAGAUGUGUCCCCCUGUUCGCCUGGAGCCCUGCAUUUUGACUCAGGGAGAGCAGGUGUAUCUAGUAGAACCACUGGGCCACCUACUUAAGUGUGUGCAGCAAUGUGCCAGGAAAGCUGUUCACAUCCUCGCACAGUCACGGCAUGCAGGUGAUGAUGACAGCAUGGAUGAAGACAAUGAUGAGGAUGGGGGAAAACAGUCUCUGGUGCAGCUGCAAAAAAUCUUAUCAAGCCUCACAACACGGAUUAUUGAUGCUGAGAUGGAAGAUUUUGAAUUGGACAAAAGUGCAGAUUUUUCUUGCACAAAUGGUGUGGGUGUUAAGAACAACAUCUAUGCCAUUCUCCUUCUCGGCAUGUAUGAAGUGCUAAUGGAGUAUGCCUGUGAGACUGGAAAUUUUAGUGCUGAAAGCUGUGACAACACCGUGAAACUCUUUUCUAACCUCACAAAGCUCAGUGCCGUCGUCAAAGAAAAGUCUGCAGGUGGGGGGAAGAAAGGAAGGUCGACAACUGCACCCAAAGUGUCCAACAGUCUGCUGUCCCUUGACUGUGUGAGCAACUUGCUGAGUGCUGUUGUAGAAGACCAGACCCCUGAUCACGCCGAAGGGCUGACAAAGCUGAGAGACUGCAAAGAGUUCCUCCCUUACCUCGUGUCUGUGGCUCUUCAGAAGCUGGGCCAGGUCUCCAGUAAAGGAGUUUGUGAUGGAGAGACUCAGGAUAAAGAGAAAGUCUUGAGGAAAUGCUGUAUUCUUGGAAGGUUGUUCUACAUCCACUACACAGAGAACCAAGUGGCAGGUGGAGAUGACCAGCGAGAGAAGAGACUGACCACUCAGUGCCUGGAGGCUCUUGAGGUGGUCAUUGGGAUUGCCAGUUCCCGAGGGGCACCUGAACUGCUGAUGGCUUUGACCUACUUAGAGAAAGAAGAUGUGGAAAACAAAGAGCACUUAGUACCAGCGGCUGCGAGAGCGGAAAAGAUUCACAAACAUGUCAAGAAGUUUCAGCGUUUGAUUUCUACAAUUUUUGAAGAAAAUACUGAAAACCAGAACUGGAAAGAAGCUUCAGCGCUGUUGUCAAUCUUGGAUCACCUGACUGCACACCUGCCCCAUCAUGGGCCCGAGUUCCAGCAAGUUUAUCAGUGGACUCUCAAGGUCGCUACUGAUCAGAACAUUGAGGAUGCAUCCACGUGCCGACAGCUUGUAGGCUCCCUGCUCAAAUAUUCCAAACAGACCAAAAAUUUGCCACAGUUGUUGCGCAAUGUGUGCCAGGAUAUCCACAGCCAGAUGGGAGAUAUAGAUCAGGACUGCACCAUUGACGAUUCAACUCACUAUGCAGUUACCAAGGCAAACCAUUGCCCCACUUCAGGUCUUCUGACUAUUGCGCUGAACUAUCUGGAGGCAGAACUAGAUGACAUUGAGUGGGUCAUCAAAAGGCAUAAGGCACAAAUGCUAGCCACCACUAGCUCUAGUGUUGAAGAUGAGCUGGGCGCCACCCAAGUGGAGUCUAUGGACCGGUCAGUGUGUACGAGGUUGGGCAUGCUGGUCAAUGGCUUCAUUGAGCUGACGCACUCUGCUGUUAAGACAAAGCCUUGCUCUCAGUCCUUGCUAAAGGCAUUGACAAAACUGUAUAAUGCCCUCUCCUCUCUCACUAAACAUUACAUCAGCCUAUACAGCAACAAGGCAGGUCACUUGGGCAGUCGUUUUGAGAAGCUGGUCACUCUGGUGGGCAAACAACUGACCCAGCCCACCUACAGCAUGAUCAUUUUUGUGCAGAUGUCAGAGAAUGAGCCACAGGAGACAGAGCGGAAAGACAAAGGAAAAAAGAAAGCAUCGACAUCUGCCCAAGCUGGCAUGGCUAAGGCUAUGAAGCAGAUGAAGACCAUCCCCAAUCUGAUCUUUGCUAUUGAACAGCUGGAGAAAUUCCUCAUACAGCUCAGCAAAAAGUCAAAGGUGGAUCUUAUGGAAAAUUUUAAACAGUCGACCUCCAGAGAUUUCAGAAUUAGAUCUGAAACUGUGAACACAGCAGUCGAGCAAGCUGUGUCUUCUGACAGUGAAGACGGUGAUAAUGGUUCAGAUGAUGAAGAGGGCGAGAACAAUGAUGAGGCGGACAGUGAUGGUUCUGAUAAUGACCAGGAGAACGUGAGACCAGAGAAUGAACAAGAAGAUGAUGAAGAUGAUCCUCCUGCUAAGAAGAAAUCCAAGCGUUAAGAUUUUUUCCCAUUUGUAUGAUGAUACUACAAAUAUUUAUACAUCUGAGCCGUGGGUGGUUGGUGGGUGUCUGAUGUGGUUUGCUCCUUCUUUUUUUUUAAUGUUACUAUCUAGUAUACCUCUAAUCUUCAGCACCUACAUAAUCUAAUUGUGUUGAAAGUGCCGUAAAACUCUUACUAAAAUUAAACGUCUGAGCCACACAAUCAUUGUAACAAAGAACACAGUAUCAGCCCAGCAGGCUGUUGUACAUAAAGGGCACCUUAUGUUGUACAUAUCAAGCUCUCAAGCAGUGGCUCAACAGAAUCAUGAAAUGAACAACAAGAAAAUGUUAUUGUUUCUAGACGUAAUGUUUAUUUGUCAUUCACAUUUGUAUGUUUCUCUGUCAUAUUUGAAAACUUUAUCUUUCAUUUGGAUGAACGUCGAUGAAGCCCUUUUUGCACUGACUUUUGCAAGAGCAAUGCAGUGGGCCGAUGAAAGUAGGAUGAACAAGGUACAAUGUUAUGAAAAUGAACUUGUCUCUUACGCUAGUACGCUACAUCACCAUUCCAUUCUGAAAUAAACAGCCAUUUGCCUGUAAAGCUUCUAACUUGAAAUGAUGUUUAGGAUCAUCUUCAUGAAGCAAUAUGGUAAUGACCAAUAUUGCACUGCCCUUCACUCAAAACUCUUUUUUUUUACUUGAGCUUUUUUCCUGAUGCCUCUUCUUUUGCACUAAAAAUGUAAGACGUAUCAAUUAGGUUUUAGGCAUAUUAAUGAAAUGUACUGUUAAAUGGCUCAAGCAGAGUAAACCAAAUGAAUAUUACAACUAUCCCUUUAGGUCCUGAACUGCCAUUGUCUACUACAACUAGUACUAGCUCCCUCUUGUUUUGUCAUCAAGACUCUCCAAUCAUGCAUGGAUAUUUAUGUUGACAUAGCUUUUCAUUCUCAGUUCAAACGUGCUGAGGCUGUCUUUGAACCAUGGUUUUUUUAAGUUGUUCUCCCAAAACAAACGUGGUUUGUUGCUGUGGUACUUUUGUCUUUGACUUGUAUGUGUAUUGUGCCCACAGUUAUGCUUUCGUUGCUUCAAAAUAUUUUAUUCUAUUUGUCUUGAAAGGAAGUAAAGUUGAUACGGUUACGCUGUCUGGUCGUUGUGGUACGAUGGAUGAAUGACUCACACAAUAGUAAUGAACUACCUAUCAUGACCUAUGCUAAGUGUCAUGCAUUAUACUGAAUAAGUUGUGUAGCACAACAGAGAAUAUGUAUACUGGGUCAAUGAUACAGUCGAGCACAUGAAAACUGAAUCAUUGAAGAAAAAUAAAAAUAUAAUGCUCAAUGAGUGUAUUGAUAUAUAUGUAGAGUUGCACUUUUGCACCUGAGUUCCUGAUUGAAAUUCAGUCCUUUUAGUGCACCUUUGAACCUAAAUAGAUGGUCAAACAAAACCUCCUUUAAUGCAUUGUGAACUUGUGUAUGACUAUAAAUGUGCCCCACAUUAAGUCAAAAAUGUUGAUCCAAACUAUGUCCAUUUAGUGUGUCUUUGUAAAUGAAUAAAUAACCCAAAUUGGAUCUUUCAUUUAUUUGGUCUGACAUUUCCACUCACAAGCAUUUGAGGGUAUACCUUUGUGUUUGUCUUUGCUGCUAUCAGAGAAGUCCAUCGAAAUCCGCCGCCGCAGCCUUUCACUAGUGGAGGAUUAGCUUUAAUGGGAGGUAGUUUGUUCUGCUGUUGUCUUUGCCUGGAAUUCAUAAAGAGUGAAAAUGAAAAAAUGGACAUGCACACAUGGACCUCUGUAUAUUAUAUUGCAAAGUCAUGUUUGAAUAUAUGAAUAUUUCAGUUUUCAGACUUUUGUGUUAGAUGUAAGGAAGAUUUACUUCAAUUUUACCCCUGUCAAGAGUAUUGGGGGGGUGAUGGAAUCAAAAACAUGAUCAUUCUGAGGUUAAAGACAAGGUUUUCAUUUAUGGAAGUUUAUUUAGACCGCAUUUUAUAAAUCUGUAAUUUGUUGAAAACUGCUCUCUGUUUUUCUUUAGUGUUACUUGUGUAAUGUCUGCGUGGCUGUGUGAAAAUGCUGUACUCUAGUUAGUGUAUAAACAUUCAGGGACAUCCGUGUCCUUACAUUUGAAAUGAUAUGUGUCAUUUUUUGUUGUAAAUAAAACUAUACCUCUUUGAAGUAGUGGAAAUAGUU